AUGCCCCCCCACAAGGACAACGACCUCCCUUACAUCCACCGCUAUAUCACCACCCACAGUACCGACGGCGAAGCAGUGUUUGUCUCCCAUUCCCAAAUUCCCGAUUAUAUCCCAUCCAAGCCUGCUGGAGAAGAUGGCGAGAUCGCCCUCCUCUACGCAACAACUAGUGUUCCCGUAUCAAUCGAUGAUGAAGCCGAUGUAGCUAUGUACGAUGAAUUUCUUCACCAGCCACCUGGGCUUACCACGGGCCAGGGAACAGUAUUUCGGCUGAUCGAUCUCCGUCCGGGAAAGGUGACGCCAAUGCAUCGAACCGUGAGUCUGGACUACGGUGUUGUACUGGAAGGGGAGGUCGAUUUGAUUCUGGAUUCUGGUUCAGUUCGGCACCUUCACCGAGGAGAUGUCAGUGUUCAAAGAGGGACAGCUCAUGCCUUUCGGAAUAGCAGUGACACGGAGUGGUGUCGUCUACUAUUUGUUUUUCUGCCAAUUCAGCAACUUACUAUCAAAGGCAAACCUAUGGAGACAGAGGUUUACGAUGAACCUUAUGAGAAGUCAGGAAGUGAAGGGGGUAGGCAAGGGCAGUGA